GUAGUUUGACGUGACCCCAGAGUGGCGCGUUGAACCUGCGGCGUCGGUCAGUUUAUAUUAAUAUUAUACAUUCUGUCGCGAUGCCGAGUGAAAGUUUACGCUGGGAAACUUUGGAGGCAUUAAAAAACUCCCCGAAGGGAAAAAUUUCCUUUGACCCGCACUGGUCCGAACGAGACGAGAACAUCAUGGUUGGUUGUAAAGAGACCAUCUGCUUGUCCUCGCACUCUGGGAUCUUACUGGAGCGUCUCAGCUCCUCGACGCUACAGAAGUCCUUUUGUCUGGACUCCAUCUCUGGAUACUCCAGUCCUGGGCUGAGUGAGGAGAUCCCAGCCUCGUUUUCCUCCACGGGUUCAGUUUCUGACACCAACAGGAGGCAAAACACACAUUCUAAUGGCUUGUCUGGAAAAACAGAGCAUGAGCAGGUUGUUAGUGAUGAGGUAAAGGAUGAAGAUCCAGACAUGGAUGUCGGUGAGGUUUCCAGUCCUGCUUCGUCGUCCGCCAUUUCCCUGCUGUCACCUAAAGCCAUGGAGGUGGCCGGACGCAUCAUCAAGUUUGAGGAGGAACAUCGAGAGAAGGCCAAGAUGGCGCUCAGACGGCGGCAGGAGCAGCAGGAGAAGCUGGUGGCGGCGGCGGCGAGCUCAGAGUCAGAGCAGUUGAAGCGCUUUGAGGAGUUCAUGGAGCUGAAGCAGCGGCAGGAGUUUCAGAGCAUGCGGGACAUGAUGGAGAGAGAAACCAAAGAGAGCAUCGGGCGCCAAGAGAAGCUGAAGGAAGAGCAGCGAUACAGAAUGAAGAUCCUGAACCUGCGGGUGCGGGAGGCGGAGCUACAGCGGCAGCGUGAGGCGGAGCUGGAGCGGCAGCGGCAGACGGAGGGUAAAGAGAGGCUUCGCAACCUCAACACUAUCCAGGAGGAGGUUCUGCAGCUCAACCUGCUGCUGGAGCCCACCACGCAGACCAGGAGCGACCUCCCUCCCUCCAGCCUCAGCUCCUACAGCAGCCGAGGGAACCAGCUGUGCUCGCAGGUGUCCGAGGUGGUGAGGAAGACCACUGAGGGAGCGUUUCCCAGCGUCGAGGACAUGACCGUGGCCGAGCGAGCGCUCCACGAGAUGCGUGCGCUGAUCAGACUCAUGCAAGAGGCGGUCGCCAGGGUUCAAGAGGAGAAGAAGAAGAAGGAGGAGGAGGAGGAGGACGCUCGCAGGAAGCAGGCGGAGCUUCAGGUGCAGCAGGAGGAGCAGAAGAAGGCAGCGCAGUCGGCCAAAGAGAAGGCACAGAGGAGAGGGCUGCAGAACAGCGCUGAAGACAGCACUCUGAAAUGGUACAAGAACCUGCAGGAAUCGGCCGCUCGCUGUGCCGAGUCCUUCGAAAACCUGAACACUCCGAAAGACAACGCGACAAAGAAGCUGAAGCUGGAGCUCCAGAAAGCAGCGACCAUCCCCGUCAGUCAGAUCGCCAGCGACUCGGGAUCACAGCUGAGGGAGAUCUUCGAUAAGAUGGACAAGCUGCUGUCGGGACAGGCGGUGGUGUCCAGUGGCAAGUCUGUGUCCACCUCCCAGCAUCCUCAGGGGCUGGAAUUCAUCAGCUACAAACUGGCUGAGAAGUUUGUUAAACAAGGAGAGGAGGAGGUGGCAUCGCAUCACGAGGCAGCGUUCCCUAUCGCCGUGGUGGCGUCUGGCGUGUGGGAGCGCCACCCUCGGGUGGGAGACCUCAUCCUCGCCCACCUGCACAAGAAGUGUCCGUACGCCGUCCCACACUACCCUCCGAUGAAGGAGGGCACGUCCGUGGAGGCGUAUCAGAGGAUUCUCGGUUACCGCGUGGACGACGGCGGGAUGGAAGGUCAGGACAGUUUCUUGAAGAGGAUGUCCGGGAUGAUCCGACUUUACGCUGCCAUCAUCCAGCUACGGUGGCCCUACGGCUCCAAGCAGGCGCCUCUUCCUCACGGUCUGAACCACGGCUGGCGUUGGUUGGCUCAGAUGUUGAACAUGGAGCCUCUGGCCGACAUCACGGCGACGCUGCUCUUUGACUUCUUGGAAGUUUGUGGUCACGCUCUGAUGAAACAGUACCAGGCUCAGUUCUGGAAACUCCUGCUGCUCGUCAGAGAAGAAUAUUUCCCCAGGAUCGAGGCGGUGACCAGCAGUGGUCAGAUGGGCUCCGUCAUCAGACUCAAACAGUUUCUCGAGACGUCGCUGCACAGUCGUCAGAUCCCUCCUCCCAAAGGUCAGCUGACCUCCACCUUCUGGAGGUCAUGAGAGAGAGAGAGAGAGAGAGAGAGAGGUUUGGAAGGAGUUUUAGAGAGAAAAACACGAGAGACGUGGAACACGAGGACGCCUCCGUGUCCUCGUCCUUCAGCGAGUUUCUCUUUCACACUCAAACCUUUAGUUUGACAGAAGUCAUUAUUUGAUAAGAUGAAGUCACUACAGGACAAAUGUCUCUGAAAACACUGGACCUUUUUAUUUUUUUAAAGAAUCCACCGUGUGGAGCAGCAAGUUUCAGGUUCAGCGAGCGACAGGUGUUUGGUUUACAGGUCGACGUCACUUUACUGCGACAGAUGUUACGAACUCUGCUUUUUGUUCCUGUUGUUUAUUAAUCAGCAGAAUUAUGCCGUUGAUGUUAAAAUCGCUAAACCAAAUAUUCAUGAAAUUAAAACAUUGAGAAGAUCUUUUUAAA